UAGAGUAGAUUAAUAAAUGUAACGGCCCCAAGCAGCUUAGUCUUCUCGAAUUCUUCAGUUUACAAAGCCACAUCGAACAAUAAACACACUACACCACAACCCGGCGCACAAACCCUCUAUAAAUCUCCUUCAGGAUCCGCACAGACCCUCCGUUCAACGCUCGGUCCCCUUUCUUUCCGUUCCUGUUUCGGCCCGAUAGUUUCAUCAAGAUAACAAAAAACCUGAGGCGCAGCUACCCUCGGGACAAAAAACAAAAGAGUCCACUUUUGUCCGUACCUGGUACCUUUUUUCGCCGUCGACAAGGUUGACCGAACAACCUCCACCCGACUAGUCCACCUCGAUCGAUCAUUUUAUACGGUACCCACCCCGUCCAUACAUAAAACUUGGGCCAAGUAUCUUUUCCACAGUGCCCGGUACCCACCCCGAACACUGUCCAUCUAAUAGAGUGCUCGGUACCCACCCCAGACGCUCCUCCAUUCACCGAGGCCACACGACGACAUCAAACAGCAGCGCCAGUCUAUGUAUGCCUCCUAAGACAUACAUUCCACCUUCUAUCAACAGACGCUCUACACGACUACACCCUCCACAGCCCUUUCCACUACAAAUUGCUUCCACACACGCCCUCGAUUUAUCAUCACUAUCAGACAUUACCCCACUUCACCUUCCAUCAAUGUCUUCCCACCAGGUUACAGACUCAACCCCCGUGAGGCCACGCGCGCUCUCUGUCGGCGCCACCGCCCGCUCUCAUGACCCUAUCCAUACCCACACCCCUACCACAUCCGUGCAACCUCGGUCUACUAUCUCCCACCCUCAGCCUCUCGUUCACGAGAUCGCUCGACUUUAUGAAACCGAAAUGACCAACCGACUUGCUACCCAUCUCCAGCACGUCGACACUAUUUUUCAACAACGCUUCAACGAGCUGCAUGACCUCUUCCAAGCCACUCAUGGAGCUGCUCUUUGUCAUUCCACUCCACUCCAUCAAGCCGACCCAUCUCUGGAUACUUCCCUUUCCACAUCUCUCACUCUUCCCCUCCGUCCAACGUCUCAUCAACCUGUCGCUCCUCCUACUCAACCUCCCACAAUCCCACUCGACCCUCCUUCUUCCACUGCUGUCAUUGGUAAAACUGACUUCGCUCUAUCCACCUCUCAGUCCACCCAGCUUAAAGCCUCCGACCUCCCGAAAUUCUAUGGCCGCGACGACGAUGACAUCGUUGACUGGGUUCAGAAAAUUAGCAGCAUCAAACGUGGCUCCCAAGCCACCGACAUUGACAUUCUUCGCCUCCUCCCUUCUCUCCUUCGUAGUAACUCAUUGAACUACUAUGCUCGCCUUUCCGAGAAAGAACACACCUCCCUCACCACUUGGGCUGCCUGGUCGAAAGAGCUCCAAGACCGAUUCUUCCUUCCAAACCGCCUCGCUGACUUAAAAGAGAGGUGCAUCCGCCGCCAUCUAGGUCAAAACGAGAAGUUCGCCGACUACUACAAAGACAAAGUGUACCUUCAGUAAUUCCUCUUCCCUGCCAACACAGAAGACUCUCUCCUUAUCCGAGACAUACUCGGCGGCAUCCCUGCCACCUUUCGCGCCCAAUUGCAGACUGGUGUCACCCCGACCAUGACUCUUCGCGACUUCCAGCUCCAUGUACUCCAGAUCGAACCCCCCUUCCGUCCCCAACUCUUCCCCACCACCCAUCGACACCCAGUCGAUCGCACAUGUACCCAAUGUAACACUCAUUCGAACACCUCCUUUGCAAACUCCUCGAUCGCCCGGUCUUCACGUUUUCUACUACCUGGUAAUCGUCCCGACAAACCAUCCACACCCUGCUUCACCUGAGGCGCUUACCAUUGGAGCGACCAAUGUACACUGAAGAAGCAACAACAACAACAAUACAACAACAGUCGCCCUUCAUCCACGACUAAUAACCCAGCCACAAGUACCUCUUCCAACGGUCGAAAUUCCUUCCCUUCUUGGGCUCGCCCCCCUUCCAACACCAAUUCUCCUAACUACAAACCACCUGCCAAUUCGGUCAACAGUAUUGCAAACAAAGAUGGUUACCGCUUCAACUCUCCGAAACCCUCCAUACAUACCCUCUGCCAUUCAAACUUCCCGCGUCCUUCUGCCCAUUUACCGACCCAUGCGCUCCCACAGCUCCAACUUCACCGAACCCAUCUGAACAAGACACCAGCUUAUGCUACCGUCAAGUUUAACAGCGACAACCCAUCCGCCAUAACCCAUCGCGCCGUCAUCGACACCGGUGCUUCGCUCUCUGUCAUUAGCCAAGAGCAUGCCAACAAACAUCUCCCUCACCUCCCCCGUCACCCUUUUACGAACUUCCAGCUCAAUGGCAUCGGUAAAUCUUCCUCUGCAGGCUAUCAUCUUGUCGACAUACACUUUCCAACCAAAGAAGGAUAUCAUAUCCUCAUCCCCACUGCCCUCUUCAUCAUUGACAACAUAUCAGUCGACCUCAUCCUCGGUCUCGACUUCCUGCUACCACACAGCGCGAAAAUUGACCUCCGUGACUGUAUUCUCUCCUUUCCUCGCCACCCUGGGACUAUCCUUCUCUCCUGCCUAUCCAGGGCACUUCCAUUCCCACCCAUUCCCCUGCCCCGACUUCGUCGACAUACUCCUUCCAUUCGCAUCGAACAUGCCCUCACCAUACCUACCUGCGCACCAAUACCCACCUCCCCGACGCCGCUCUCAAGCAACUUCAAACCAAUGACGCCUCGUGACGAGGCUUCCACAGGGCGGGGGGUGAUGUAAUGGAACGAGGAGAACAAUAAGGAGGAUGAGAAGGAGGAGAGCAAUAAGCAGGAUGGGGAAGUAGUUUCGGAGAACUGAGGAGAGGAAGAAGACGAGAGAAGGAGCAGGAGGACCGUGCGAGGAGGCGUUAGGGAAGAGGGAGGUCGGGGAAAGAACUCAGGGAAAGGAUGGAAAAGAUUUGUCAUCUCGUAGAAUUGAAAAGAUAUAUAAGGAGUAGUCCUUAGAGUAG